AUGAUUGCCGUACCGUUGCAGAACAAUAUUCGCCACAUCAACAGAGGACUGAAUUAUUUACGGGGACUUAAGUUAGCACAUCCGGUAACACAGGAAGAAUCUUUUGAAAUAUCGUUAUUGAUCGGAGCUGACUACUACUGGGACUUAGUCGAGCAUGAAGUCAUACGGGGAAAUGGUCCAACCGCCGUGAGGUCAAAGUUAGGUUUUUUACUUUCCGGUCCAGUAAGCGACAAGAGGGAUAACUCAUUGAUGGGUACUAGCAUUUUUAAUAUUCUUAUUUCUCAUAAAACGGAAGAGCAUGAUAUAGAAACAUUUUGGAGAUUGGAAUCGAUUGGUAUUAACUCAAAGGAAACAGACGAAGACGAUACAGACUUUUUGGAAACAUAUCAAGACACUUCGAUUGACCUCAGAGGUAAUAAAUACUUUGCAAAGUUGCCAUGGAAACAGGAACAUGACGAACUACCAUCAAACUAUACAGUCACAAGAAGAAGAACAGAGAAUUUUAUUAAGAAACUUAGUCAAGAUCCUAAACUACUAAAGAAGUAUGGAGAUAUAAUCGCCGAACAGGAACGCAGAGGAUUUGUUGAGACAGUAGAUGAAAAUGAACAAAAAGGCGGGAAAAUUCAUUACAUUCCACACCACCCUAUACACAAGGAAUCUAGCACAACUCCUAUACGAAUAGUAUACGACUGCAGUUGUCGUCAAUCACCAAGUCAUCCAAGUCUAAAUGAUUGUCUUAUGGACACACCACCAAAAUUAAAUGAUUUGACAAAACUCCUAGUACAGUUUAGAGCCAACCAGUUUGCUACAUGUACUGAUAUUGAGAAAGCUUUCUUACAUGUUGGAUUGAGCGAAGAAGAUAGAGAUUUUACCCAAUUUUUAUGGCUUAGUGACCCUACAAAUCCAGGAAGUCAGCUGAAAACGUACAGGUUCAAAGCAGUGUUAUUUGGAGCGACGUCUUCGCCCUUUAUACUCAACGCCACAAUACAGAAACAUUUGAAACAAUUCGGAAACAGUGAAACAGCUAAAAUUCUAGAAAGAGAUAUUUACGUUGAUAAUAUAUUGUCUAGUAUGAACAAAGAGGAAGAUUUACUUACGUAUUUUAAAGAAGCAAGAAGCUUGAUGGCUGGAGCUGGAUUCAACUUGAGAUCAUGGAGUUCAAACAGUGCUAUUAAAAUUGCUAGAAUUAGCUAA